UAAUUCAAGGAUUGAAUUAGCUAAAUUCUAAAGAUCUCGACUUAGGUGGAACAAGAAUGGAUGUUAAACUUUCGAUCGCACUACUAAUCGUCUUAGUUCAGGGCAUCUUCUGUCAAGGUGAGUUCGAGAUAAAGUGGAGAUCUGACGGGAGAUGUGGUACUCACUAUCCUCUACCUGAUGGCAGUCCUGCUGAGUGUGAUCCUGAUGGGGACAUCCCGUGUUGUGACCACACUGGAAUGAGUGGAAAGUGUGGUAAUACAACCAAAGAAUGUUCUUAUCCGGGCAGUGUUGAUUACAGGAUUGUGGAUGAAUUGAGAAAAUCAAGAAAAUAUUGUACAGUUACGAUGGUAGGGGGCUUCCUCAAAAAUGCAUGUUUUGAUGAAAAGAAGAAAAAAUACUACUUCAAGUGUACCCACUCUGAUGUGUACUUUAACCAGACCUGGAAGGGUCAUUUCGAGGGCGUUACUGCAGUUUGUGAGAACGAUCCCCACGUGUAUCAGGCGUGUGGGUUUAAUACACAAAUAACAAACACAGAUGUGCUGUGUGGAGGCUUAUUUUGCAACAGGAAGUACAUCAAAUGUGAUAAGAACUGUAGUGUAGAUAAUUAUUGCCCUGUAUCACAAAUCAAUAAAACGCCUGACCCACAAGAGUACCCUGCUGCUAAUUAUGCUACUACUGCUUAUUAUGCUACUACUACUCCUAGAAAGUACUCAACAACAGAGCUCUGUGAUGAUAAAUGUGACGACACUCAUAGUCAUAAUUGUAUAGAUGAAAGUGACUGUAACGGGUAUAAAUACGGAAUUAACUGUACGUAUUUAUACCCGUAUACGGAAAACAAUUCUCUUUCUGUAUACCGGAUAUGUGACGGAUACAAGGACUGUAAAGAAGAAGAGGAUGAACAGGACUGUAACGUUACUGAAAAUACCCCCCACUCUUGUACACAUUACCACAGUAAAGUGCGGUAUAGCAAGACUAACACAGUACCAAUAUUCAACUAUACUAGAUGCUCUGCAUUUGAUAUAACGAGUAUAUAUCAUUAUAAGAGAAUAUAUCCGUACUGUUUGAACUAUUCAGAUCAAACUAACUGUUCUGAUAUAGAGCGAGUAGGGGGGUAUUGUGAUAUUAAUGGGUAUAACUCUAGUGUUUCUAAGUACGUGUUGUGUUAUGAUUAUGAUGAGCGUUUAGGAUCAGCAGUAAAGAUAUGUGACGAUGACCUUCAAAACAACUGUUUAUCACCAUCUACUUCCACUGAUUGUAGAGUACACAAACACAGGAUGUGUGACGGAGUGUGGGAUUGUACUGAUGGAAGUGACGAACUUCAUGACAUGUGUGAAUACAUGACGAAGGAAUUUCAAUGUUUACGAAGGUUUAGCUUUAAAAUAAGUAUGAAGGUCGGAAUACCAGUUACUUGGAUAAUGGACAAAGUGGUGGAUUGUAUGGAUGGAAUGGAUGAACAGGUUGAAAUUGAGGACUCACGUUUCUGCGGCAACAAAACUGACAAAGCAUAUCGUUUAAAACAAAGUAAUGAAACUUGCAAGAACGUAUAUCUGUGCCCGAAAGGUGAUGAACCAUACGUUCAAUUAGAACAACUUUGCGACGGAUUGGAGUCGUGUGGUGACGGUGCAGAGAAUGAGGUUUGUAGGAUCGCUAGAGAUUUCCCACCUAUCAAUGAUACAACUCUAUAUCAAGGAUCAAGGCGAGAUAUAUGCGAUGACUCUAACUGUGAAGUGAAAGAAUUCAUACAACCCUGGAUUGGAGAUGUAUUCGGAAUAACAAAGUUUGAGUUAAUUGUUCCGACCUCUAAGGUUAAUUGUAGCUAUUUGUUUGGUGAAUAUUAUCUGUUUCUCAGUUGCAUGGAUCUAUGUCUAGAUGCUUCAUGUCCUCUAAAUAAAAACAGAUCAUUGUUAUACGAUUCAUGCCCUGGACAAUAUCCUGACCGAAUCUAUACACUUGCUAACAACUCUUUUCUAACGUUUGUUGAAAAGUCAAAGAAAGGCCAAUAUCACCAGGACUAUUUUCAAUGCAACAACAGUAGAUGUGUGGAAUACAAGAAAGUAUGUGAUCUCAAAGAUGACUGUGGGGACAUGAGUGACGAGUUGAACUGUGCAAAUCACAUGAUUUGUGAAGACACUUUAAACUCAACUAAACAUCAGUUCAUUUCGUUAUCGCAGAGAUGUGACGGCAUAUACGAUUGCUUUGACCUCUCAGAUGAAUGCAAUGUCAUUUGUGGGAAAAGGAUACUCGAAAACUUGACACUACAGAUAUUAUCCUGGAUUAUGGGGGUGCUAGCAUCGAUAUUAAACUCGUACACCGUAUUCAGUGGACUAAAAACUAUAAAGCAUAGUAGGAAUGAAUUUAUUUUAGCUAACAAGGCCUUCAUUAGUCUAAUAGGAGCAGGGGAUCUUGUUAUCGGACUAUAUUUAGUUCUUCUGUCUUUCUAUGAUAGUUUUAUAUAUGGAACUGAGUUCUGCAGACAUCAAGCCGAAUGGUUAACCGGAACAACAUGCUCCAUAUUGGGGGUCAUCAGCACAGUUGGAUCACAAGUCUCCCUUUUUGCUAUGACAGCCUUGAGUGUCAUCCGAAUGUUCUGGCUCACUUUCAAGAGUAUUCCAGGCCCUGCAAACAGAAGCUCUGCUGUCAAGCUCACUUUCCUAGCUACGGGAAUCAUCACCGCAUCCCUUGCUAUAGCUUUUAUACCUUUGAUAUCUUCAUUGGAGGAAUACUUUGUACAAGGAAUGUUUUAUGAUCCCAUCUACAAAUUGUUCAUAGGCUUCCCCAACAAGGAGAAACAUAUUAAGGUUCUUCAAGCUUACUACAAUACCACAAACAUCACCAUGGAUUUGACAUGGAAAGAAAUCAGUGAAAAAGUGGACGGUAUAUUCACUCAGCAUGAGCCAUAUGAACUUUUGAGUAGACGUCCAGUCCAUUUCUACGGCAACGAUGGAGUUUGCUUAUACAAGUACUUUGUACGGAGUGACGAUGCAAGAAGAAUCAGACAAUCAGUAGAAAGUGGAGUUAACAUAACUGAUCAUAAAGGAGAUCUUGCAGUUUGGCUGAUGCUUGCUAUGAACUUAGUCUGUAUCAUCAUCAUCACUUCUUGCUACUUAUUCAUCAAUAUCCAAACCAGAAUAGCUUCACGGAGGUCAGGACAGGAUCAAAACCAAGCUGGAGUAAGGGCAAACAGGGCUAUACAGAACAAAAUUGCUAUCAUAGUUGCUACUGACUUCCUAUGUUGGGUUCCCUUUAUUAUAAUAAGUGGUAUGCACAAUAUGAAUUUAAUUGAUGCGACUAAUUGGUACGUUUCUUUUGCCAUGAUAGUUCUUCCCCUUAACUCUGUUAUAAAUCCACUGAUCUACGACAGGAAACUAACAGAGUUCCUCGGAAGAAAGUUGGUGGAAACGAAAUUAAUUAUCAGACUACGUGUAUCCAUGGUUACCGAACUCAUUCCAACAAGGAUCGGAGGCGUACAGAGUGGGAACAAUAUGGUAGAUGUCAUACAAUUGGAACCUUCAAGAGAACAGGAGGUUCGAGAACUUACAAAUCAAACACUAGCUUAAACAGCGAAUCUAUGAAUUUAUCUGAGAAGAAUGAAGGAAUUAUCAAUGGAAAGGAUCAGUCCAUAAUAACAACAAACUUUUCCUAUAUUAUUAUUUUACUAAACUCUUAUUCGAGUUAUGAGAUGAAAACUUUUAUUUAUGUCAUUGAGAGACCCUAGAUCUUUUUUACAUCUUUUAACACUCUGUACUCUUAUUCUUAUCGUAUCUAGACCUUUUUUUCUUUCUUAGCCAGUUUUUCGGUUCUGUUCAUUGAUUGCUUAUUAAGUGUCAAAACAAUGUGGUACAGUUAUCGAUAUCCAAACC